AUGCGUUUCCACUGCAUGCCCCUUCUCUACGUCAUCUCCUUCUUCCUGCUCGCGUCAGCCCUCUUCUCAGUCCUCCUCUCGCUGGCUCCCUGCUUCGUCAAGUCCAAAAACCACUGCUACCGCGGCUAUGAAUCCCACCACUCCUUCGACGUCGACAAGGCCCUCCACGCCGAGUGGAUGAAGUCCAUCCCGGACGACGCCAACCUCACCUCCCUCUCCAUCCCGGGCACCCACGACACAAUGACCUACUCCCUCCGCAACCAGGUCUUCCAGUGCCAGAACCACAACCUCUCCGCCCAGCUCAACGCCGGCAUGCGCUACCUCGACAUCCGCGGCCGCCUCGUCAACGACUCCAUCCAGAUCUACCACGCCUCCAUGGCCACCGGCUACUCCUACACAAACGUCCUGCUCACCCUCUUCGACUUCCUCGAGGCCCACCCCUCCGAGACCGUCGUCAUGCGCCUCAAGGAGGAAGGCCGGCCCCUCGGCAACAACACAAUGACCUUCGAGGACGCCUUCAACAUCUACCUCCACAACGACACCCUCACUUCCGCCGGCGCCCAGGCCCACUUCCACAAGCACAACCCGCGCAAGCCCUUCCCCGCCCUCGGCGCGCUGCGCUCCAAGAUCUUCCUCCUGCAGAACUUCCCCUCCAAGGGCCCCAAGUCCCCCUACGGCGUCAUCUGGGAGUCCUCCGACAUGGUCCUCGAGGACCUCUGGAUCAUCCCCAGCAUGGAGCACCUCUACAUGAAGUGGGAGGCCAUCGAGAACGCGCUCAAGCGCGCCGCCACCGCCAAGCCCAACAACCGCGUGCUCUACCUCGCGCACCUGAGCGCUUCUGUGGGUGUGCUGCCCAUCGAGGCCGCGGCGGGCAACCUCAACCACACGGUCGCCGGCAUGAACGACCGCACCGGCGACUGGCUCGCCGAGACGGCGGGCGGCGCGGACGCGGGCAAAACGGGCAUCGUCAUCAUGGACUUCCCCGGCCGGGCGCUGGUGGACGAGGUCCUGGCGCGGAAUACGGCGCUGGCGGACCGUAGCGCCGAGUUGUGA